UCAACAACCUCAGUACCGUCGCUUGUUGCAUCGGCUCACGGCGUAGUGCUUGAGGUAGGGCCGGGCGUAGGAACCCAGAUAGACCGCUUCGACAAAUCGAAGAUUGACCAUAUCUACGGCGUAGAGCUUAACCCAGCCUUCGUUUCACCUCUACUUGCUGAAGUAGAAACGGCUCACCUGCAAGGCAAGUACACGGUAAUCUCGGGAGCAGUGGAGGACGAACGCUUGUUGGCAGAAUAUGGCCUGAAAGCGGGGUCGGUGGACUCGGUUGUGUGUAUCGGGACGCUGUGCUCGGUCAGCAAUCCUGAACAAACGAUGCGUUGGAUAUACAAAUUGCUCAAGCCGGGUGGCGUUUUCAUUUUCUGGGAGCAUCGCCGCAGCCAUGAUGUUUUAACGCGACUUGUCCAAGGAUUCUGGAACCCUCUUUGGCGGUUUAUUAUGGGGGGCUGUGACUUGAGUCGACCGAUUGGGGAUAUCAUACGUAACGCUGGCGAUUGGGAUCUUCAGAACUCAGAGAUAGAGGUGCAGAAGAGUCUGGCAUCAGAGUGGUCAAUCAUGCCGAGGGUUGAAGGCAGACUGAUCAAGAGCGCGUAG